AUGACGAGACAAUUGUUCGUGCUCGUGUUGCCGCUUCUGACAAUUUUGUGCUCAGCCGACAAGUGCUCCGAUUGUCUGGCAAGCGGGAAGCACUGGUGUGAAACAUUGAAGAAAUGCGGAGUUUCGCCAUGCCUCACAGCCAUUACGAAAGCAUUGAAUUGCCCAGAGCUUCCGGACAAAGCUCACGCCUAUGACGACAAUUUCAUUCGGACCAAGGUAUUCAUUACACACGCGGCUGCUUAUAACAUGGACCCGCAGACAUGCUUCAACAAACAGUUGCCAUCAAUGAGAGUUUCCCAAAUAGUCAACAUCAAUUGUGAUCCAGUGGGACCCAAAGCGAAUUGCUUCAGCUUCAUUGCUGUCGACACCACGCAAAAGGCGAUCGUGCUCGCAUUUCGUGGGACCAUUGGAAAUAUCCAGUUGGCCGAGGAGCUUCUCGACUUUUUCCGAGCCAAGAAGCAAUUUUUCGACGCUGGCCAUGUUUUCGAAUAUUUUUAUGAUGCGUUCCUGAUCCAGUGGAAUGCUGGCCUUCAAUCGGACCUUCGAAAAUUGAAAUACCAAUAUCCCGGAUUCGAGCUCUGGGUUACUGGGCAUUCUCUUGGAGGUGCUAUGGCCAGCAUCGCCGCUUCUUAUAUUGUGAAAGUCGGACUCUAUGAUGGUACUCAAAUUAAGCUUGUGACCCUUGGCCAGCCGAGAACUGGUGAUUACGAUUAUGGCAUGAUAAGGCGAGAAAUGGAUUUUCAGUUUCCUUAUUCAUUCCGAAUUGUUCAUCAUCGCGAUAUUGCUGCUCACAUUCCUCCACAAGAAGGUCCCGACGAGUAUUUCCAUCAUCGCACUGAAGUUUGGUACAACAACAAUAUGACCGUUGGAAUGCCUUAUAAACUUUGCCCGGAAGCUGAUGGAUUGUAUUGUAGUGCUACACAACUUGACACAAGCGCUGAAGACCAUUCGUGGUACUUUGGAAUUAAUUUCAUUGAAUGGGCUCAAAAUGGAUGCCCGAAAUUGAAUUGA